UUUAGCUCCAGACGAUGUCACUGUCAACAUUCAGCCCGUUGAGUCCGCGUGCAGCUGCUGCGCAGUUACUUUGUUUCUCUUUGUCGCAUUGGAUUUAAAGGAGAAGCGCAGUUACUGGAUAUUAAUUUGGGGGAAUUGCACUGAAGUUGUUAGCUGUCGAUGGUGGCGGCCUCUCUGAAGAUGUGUGGUCACUAUGGGAUGUCGUGGUGAAAUGUCUGUCAGUGACUUAAAUCGUGUCUUUGGUUGAUUUUUGGGAGACGGGACGCAGAGAGGAGGAGGAGGAGGUGGUGGAGGAGGAGGAGGGAGCCGGAGAAGAAACAGCCGAGGAGCAGAGUGGAAGACGUGCAGCUAAGCGACACUGAAGACAGCCUAAACAACUCGGAGGACACGUGAAGGACACUGGCAUUGCUCCUCCUGGACCAUGGGUAACCACACUGGCAAAGACAGCCAUGGCCCCAAAGGUUCUCCUUUAGAUUUCUACCAGACGCCUCCCACCACUCCCUCAGAGGGACAGCUGACCAGCAUGGCCUUAUCCCCGACAGCCUCCUCUGAUAAAGCACAGACGCCAUCGCCGGCCGGCAGCACCACCCCCCCUUCCACCACGUCUCCAAUCGCAGAGUGGUCACAGAAAGUGCCUGCUUCCUCAGAAUGGGCUGUGAUAAGUGUGGACAGCGUCUCCCCCUCGGACACCAAAGUGAGCGAGAGGAAGACGGCAGGCAGCGCUGGCAUCCCAGCGUCUCAGCCUCCGUCCAGAGGAUCACCUCUCGAGCAGAGCUGGCAGGAGAGAGACAGCGGAGUGGAGCCGCAGGCUGCAGCCGAGCGAGCCGAGGAGGAGAUGACUCUGGUUUUACUCAGUCUGAUGGAGCAUCAGAGGGCCUCACUGGGCCUUACUCCCAAAACUGAUGUUAUAACAGGAGCAGUAGAGCUGCUCAGGCGUUUGAUAACUGAGAGAGAUGAGCUGGUGGAAGAGGUGGACACACUGAGGGAGACUCUGAGGACGGAGAGGCUGGAGUGGCAUCAGUUCCAGUGUGACCUGCAGGUGGCGGUGUCUGUGGCCGACCGGCUGCGCAUGGAGUCGGAGCAGGCUCUGGGUUUACUUCAGCAGAGCCACAGGGCUGUGGAGGAGCAACUGGCCCUGGCACUGAGCCGACAGCAGGAGACGGACAGAGAGCUGCAGAGUCUGAGAGCCGAGCACACAGACGUCUGCCGCCAACUGGAAGAACUCUCCCUGCAGCAGGAGCGAGCUGAGCUGGACACUCUGAGUGACACACGUGCGGUGGAAGACAAAACGGAUGAUGAAGAGGCAGAGAACAGGGACUCUGAGGAGGGACAGGGAGAGGACGUACAGGAGCAUGUGGAGGAAGUUGAAGCAGCGACUGAAGCCAAAAAUGUGGAAAAGCAGGAGGAUGAAGGAAACGCAAAUAUAGAACCUGAUGCAGAUCAGGAUCCAGAGGAUGAAAAUGGAUCAGGGGGCAAGCAUCUAUCGGGGAAGGGGGUAGCGGAAGGAUACCUCCGUAGUUUAGCUGCUCUGGAGAAAAAGAAGGGGGACGGACGUGUGCAGAGAGAUCCGAGGAGGAUUGUGAUGCUGUCUGAAAGAUCUUGGAGUUUAUCUCGUCUCCCGCUUCCAACGGACCCGUUCAGUCAAAGCGGUGCUGCAGACAACACAAGCACAACUUUACCACUAUGCAAGAAAGAGCAGCCGACUAAAGGGAGAAGGAUGGAUCGUAUUUUACAGCGUCAGGACAGUUGGUCCAGCUUUUACACAGCAAAACAGGAGGAGGACCAAAGCUCAGAAUCUAUCAAACCUCAGGAUGGUUUCAGUGCUCUGCUGCGGCGUCACGGCGGCUCCCGAAGAAACUCCCUGCUGCGCUGGUGCCAAAGUCGUACGCAAGGUUAUAAGAACAUUGAGAUCACCAACUUCAGCAGCAGCUGGGAGGAUGGUUUGGCGUUCUGUGCCGUUUACCACACAUAUUUACCAAAUCACGUCCCGUACGAUGUCCUCAACCCAGAGGAGAAGAGGGAAAAUCUGGACCUUGCUUUUAAGACAGGAGAGAAUGUGGGAAUCACAGCCACGUUGUCAGUGGAGGAGAUGUUGAAGGCCGGCGGGCCGGACUGGCAGAGGGUCCUCGGUUACGUCGAAAGCAUCUUCCGUCACUUUGAGAUGUGA